AUGUCUACAGACCCGAUGGACAUCUCGGGACAGCCACCCACAUAUCCACCCAACCUCUUGGGCAUUCCGACAGAACUUCAACUAAGGAUUGUUGAUCACAUAACUCUGAAGAGCGAUCUCGCAUCACUGUGUAGGACAUGCUCAGCUCUGCGUGUUCUCGCGAAUCCGCUUCUAUAUAGGCGCAUCGUUCUGCGCCUAUGGAGUCAGCGUGCGGUCGAUCGUCUCAACAAGUCCAAUUUCGCAGGUGCUGGCUUACAUUACCAGCACACGAAGGAGGUUAUCAUCGAAGACGAAGCGAUUGGCGAAGAACUCUACACGAUACAUACCGGACGGAUCUGUCCACCUAUUCUGGAUCGUCGGAGUAAUGCUACUUACCUAACUGAGUCUGAGAAAGACAACGCCGCCUACGCGUUUCUGCAAACCAUGCAUCAUAACCAAUUAGAACGCUUAUGGUACCAUUCGCGGCGGCCUCUCUCGGCAGUGGUUAGAAAUCAUCUGCGCCACUACCAGACGAAAAUACAAGACCUACGAAUAGGCUUAUACACCGAUCCCGGAUCGCCCGACGUACUACCCCAGAUACUCUGUGGUCUGCAACGCCUCGAUCUUUAUGUCGAUAAUUCAACAAGCCUCAUUCUGUUGUACAUGAACAUCGAAGCCGUGGGCGCCAACUUGAAAUCGUUGUCGCUGACAGCAGCCAAUUCCAUGGAUAUCAGUACGGAACUGGAUGCCUGGGCAAUGGGCGAGGAGAACGAAUACACCCAAUGCACACCCAAGCUCGAAGAGUUCACGCUGUCCAAUUUUAUCUAUGACAACGCUUACGAACAGUUCUCUAUAAUUGUCAACUAUCAUCAGCUUGUGCGAUUAGGGCUUUUCGGAAACUCCGGCGGAAGCCAUUACUUUCUCCAGGAGCUUGCCGAAAGUAGCGAGGAGAACAAGCUUCGAUUGAAGCAUAUUGCUGUGGAAAUUGCGGGUGACAUCGCGGAAUCCACUGAGCUCGUUCCUCUGCGAUUAUCCUUGAAUCAGAUAUACAAGGCCUGCGAACCCCUUGAGAGCUUCCAUAUACACUACCCGCACGGCGACCACUCAUCCGACUUUGAUGUGUACGACUUCCUAAAGCCGUUCACUGAUCGCGGGCACAAUUUGCAAAGUCUGAGCUACCACGUCGAACAAUGGAACUGGGGCCAAUUAAACCACGACGUUAUAGAUGUGCUGUACCGGGUAAGCCAGGAAUCCUUUCGACAAGUAAAACAGCUUGCGGUGUACUUCGAGGAAGCAUUGAUGCUUGACGGCCUAUGGAAUGAAGAGGCCAGAUUUAUGAUCUUUAUGAUAAAUACCCGAAGUGAUCUGAAAUCACUAUGUUUGGUGUCAAAAGAGCUCAACCAACUCGCCCUCGAAAAGCUUUACGAGCGCAUCGACAUUCGCCUCUUCAGCGAAAACAACACUAAUUACAUCCUUGAACUACUAAAGGACGUAAAGGAGAACCUCCAGUAUACCAGAGAACUCGUCGUAGAAGAUGAGUGCAUCGCCGAGGAAACCACGUCUGUGCAGUACGGCAACGUUGGACUACCUGGCCUUGAAUGUUGGACGGGUUCUGGCGCCACGAAAGCAGAUCCUGAAGUACGCGACAGCAAUCUUGAGCAGGUCUUGGAUCUCAUCCCGGCGAAUGCCCUGCGCACAUUCCGUUUCCUCGGCCGGCGAUCACUACCGUGGUGGCUGCAUAAGAAGCUCGCAUCGAACCAGAGAAACAUCACAGACCUCCAAGUCAGUCUUAGUAUGUAUCUCUUCGACAACUCUAUAAACAUACUACCAGAACUGUACCAACGCGAAACGGAUUUGAAACGACUGGACAUGUAUAUCGUCGAUGGGUCGUCACUCAACAACCUGUUACUUGACUAUGUUGAAGCCGUCGGAAGCAACCUGCAAUCCCUGUCUUUGAGCGCCAACAUUAACACUGACGUUUCCAAGCUGCUCCGGAACCACGAAUGGCCACCAUAUCAGCCCAAACUCCCACUAAAAGAACUCAGAUUGACUGGCUUGACAUUGAUGCACAUGCACAACUCCCUAUCGACAAUCAUCGAUUUCAGCAAGCUGCAAAAGCUCGAUCUAGUAGAAUGCGCCGGAGCCUUCGGAUUACUGGCGGACAUUACAAAUGCAAUGCCAAACCAGCAGUUCGACCUCACGCACCUUGCCUUGAACGAAUUUGUGCCUCGAAUUGGCAUCAUCAAAACUGAAGACGAGCGCAACAUACAUUUGGUCAACUUCUUGAAAGCAUGUCCAAACCUGCGCAGUCUGCACUUUGGUCAUUACGAUCUCGAAGCUUUACCACCAGGAUUGAGACAGUACCUACAAAGUAGAGGCAAGGAGCUCACGAGUCUGAGUCUAUACUCCAAAACCGAGAUAAUCGACGCUGGAGAGUUCGAUCUUAUUUGCCGAUUAUGUCCCAACCUAGAACAAUUCGCCGCCGGGAUCGACGAGGAAUUUAUAAUGGCAGAUGGGCUGUGGUACCAUAACCUGAGAGACUUCGUAGACUCCCUCCGCCGCCUCCCCAAACUCCGUACCCUCCAUGUCCACCGCUCCCGCAUCUCCCUAGUCGGCGGCCUCGGCAACGGAUACGGCAACCGCUGGAACACAUCCAUGAUCUCGCUACAAGUGCAAAAGUUCGCAAACCUCAUCUUCGGCGAACUCUACACGACAAACCCGGGUUCCAAGCUCGAAACACUAAUUGUGGGGCACUUAGGGCCACUCUUAAGGAAGAGCAAUGCUGUCGAGCUGGGCAAUGGGCGUGAGAUCAAUUCGCAGCAUUAUCUGCCGCAGUUUUGCUUUGUCAAGAGUCGGCAGGAGGAUCUUUUGGGGAGAACGGCGACGACGGGGGUGAUGCUAGAAGUAUACAUCUCUCUAGAAGCGGCCUAA